CGUGUUCUCGCGGUAUUUGGAGAAACAGGAGCAGGUAGAGGAGUUGGGGUAAGGAAGCCCCGAGCGGUGGCAAAGGAAGCCACGGUGUCGGCGGACGGGAGGACGACGACGAUCUUUUUUCAUAUUCUCGCGAGAGUUGGUCGCUAACCUUCUCCCCUCCUCACUUUUCUACCAUCCUCUCCGUCGCCCCUCCCCCCCACCUGGAAGCGGCGCCGUUUCGCUCUGGGAAGUAGGUGGAUAAGGAUGGGGGUUCCGGUUGGGGGGCCCUGAAAAAGAUUCAGGCUAGGGAAGGGACACCCUCCUCAGGAAGAACUCACUGGCCUUAGCCAAGGGCUCCUAAGGUUUUCGCACAGAGACAGGCCUUUGGGCGGGUGGAAGUGUUUACAGUUCCCCCCUCCUUCCUGAGGAACUUAAGAAGAGUUGGGGCAGUAAAUUCAGUGCCCAGCUUUCUUAUAUAGAGACUAGGUCUUGGGUUAGUGGAACGGGCAGUCCUAAUUCAAGGAAACCCCCUUUCUCAAAUACGUGGGGGCUUUAGAAAGGAAGCGUUCAUCUGUUUGAGAGAACCUUGCUUCAGAAAACGAAGUGAGUUGUGUCUCUUUCCAGAACCUUCUCCCCACCUUGGUGUGGGAAGUUCAUUUACAAAACGGGGUAGAAAUAUAUUGUUUCCUUAAACACUUAAAUUGACACUCCUGCAGUGUUCAUUUUUUGAAACUAGACAUUAACUAAGGCCUAGAGUUAAAGAAAGGGUGGGUGGUUAUUCAGAGGUGUAACAGCCUGCCUCUUUCAUCCUACCCUUGAAGUCUGAAAGCAGGGGACAUUCUGGCAAGAGUGACUCCCUUUUGAAAGGCUUGAGGUGGGCACUGUUCAGAGCCUGAGAUCUGGCUCUGGUAAUUUUUCUUGUAAUAUUCUAGACAUCUUUAUAGACAAUUAUAGAACAACGCCUUCAUGCACAUUUAAGAGAGAGGAUUGGGUUGAAUGUAGGAAAAAAGGCGAAAGGGAGAGCUGCCCUUCCAUUGUGGGAAGAGGUGCCUUGAGGAUUAGAUUUUGGGGGUUUUGGAGAAUUCCCCCCUCUUCUCAACCACAGUGGAGAAGGAAUGCCAAACCCAGAGAGACAUGGGGGCAAGAAGGAUGUGGGAGGAGGGGGGUCCUUACAUCAAGAAGCAAUGUCCAGCAGUGGGAGCUCAAACAGCAAAGAGAGACACCGGCUUUCCAAGCAUAAAAGACACAAGUCCAGGCAUUCCAAAGACUCACCAUUGGGGGUCCAAGAAGUAGGAGGUCCACUUGGCAGCAUGAUCAAGCCAUUAGUGGAAUAUGAUGACAUCAGUUCUGAUUCGGACACCUUCUCAGAUGAAGCCAUCCUCAAGCCAGAAAGGAGAGAAAAUGAUGAGAGAAAAGGGACAUCAGAGAGGAGUGAACGGCUACAUAGGCAUCGUCAUCAUCAACACAAGCGAAUCCGUGAGUUGAUGAAAAGCAAGUUGCUGGACAAGGAGAAAAGAAUGGACAGGAGCCAAGAGUCCUCAGGCAAAUUAAGUUCCACUAAGGACAGGGUAUCAGGGGCCUCCAAAAGGAUGCAUGAGGAAAAUGAUGACCAUUCAUCUAAGUCAUUCAAGAGCAGUAAUAAGGAGUCCCGGUCAGCCAAAUUGCAUAAGGACAAGUCCAGGAAAGAACGGGAGACAAAAUCUGGCCACAAGGACCGCAGCAAAAGUCAUCGGAAAAGGGAUGCCCCCAAAAGCUACAAAUCACUGGAUAGUCCAAAGCGGAAAUCUAGGAGUCCUCACCGCAAAUGGUCAGAUAGUCCUAAACAAGAUGACAGCCCUUCAGGAGCAUCCUAUACUCAGGACUAUGAUAUCAGCCCUCCACGCUCACACACAUCCAGUAAUUACGAUUCCUACAAGAAAAGCCCUGGUGGGUCCUCACGAAGGCCAUCAGUCAGCCCGCCAUACAAGGAACCUGCUGCAUACCAAUCCAACAUGCGUUCUCCUAGUCCUUAUGGUAGAAGGCAGCGAUCAGUCAGCCCAUACAGUAGGAGGCGUUCAUCCAGUUAUGAGAGAGGAAGUGGAUCGUACAGUGGAAGGUCCCCCAGCCCAUUUAAUCGAAGGCGUUCCAGCAGUCCUUUUAUUUCUAAGCGAUCGCUGAGUCGGAGUCCUGUAUCCAGAAAACCUGUGAAGUCACGAAGUAGAAGUCCUGCUUAUUCAAGGCACUCAUCUCAUAACAAGAAGCAGAGAUCUGGAUCCCGCAGUCGCCAUUCCAGUAUCUCUCCUGCUCGCCUGCCACUGAACUCCAGCUUGGGAGCUGAACUGAGUAGGAAGAAAAAGGAGAGGGCAGCAGCUGCUGCUGCUGCUGCAGCAGCAAAGGUUGAUGGGAAGGAAACCAAGGACUCGCCUAGCGUGUCAUCAAAGAAAGAAAACAGCUUGCCUGACGUUAAAGAACCAGUGACAGAGGUCAAGAAGACGAAAAUGGUUAAGCCUGAGAAGUGCCCUUCUGAUGCUGAGACAGCAAAUGUCCUACAGCACAAUGCGGAGACAAAAAAUGCUCCUGAGCCUGUAAAAACAAAGGCAGCAGAGAACUCUGAGAAGAAACUGCCUGUUUCAGUUAAAGACUCAAAAGCUAUGGGAACAAAGGAUAUUAAACUUGUAUCAAAGGAGGAAAUUGUGACUCCAAAGGAAACAGAGACAGCUGAGCAAGAGGUCCCACCUCCUUUGCCCUCUGUUAAGUCACUACCUCCUCUGCCAACAUCGUCACCACCUCCUCAGGCUCCUCCUCCUUUGCCUCCUUUGCCUCCUUCUCCAGUUGUACCCCCUCUGCCACCUACCCAGUCAUCCACGAUUCACUCCUCUGCUUUAGUUCCAUCUUGUUUGCCAUCCUCUGCCCACUCUAGGACAUCUCUGACUACUCAGGCUAACUCUCAAUCCACUGUGCAGUCAUCCUUAAAGGUGCAUGUUUCUGUGACAACCGCUGUUCAUCAUCUGAAAACUUCGACGUUGCCUCCACUUCCUUUUCCUCCCAUUUUGCCUGGGGAAGAUGAUUUGGAUAGUCCAAAAGAGAUUAUUCCUCCAAAACCUGUGAAGAAGGAGAAAGAGCAGAGACCACGACAUUUGCUCACAGAUCUUCCACUCCCUCCAGAACUUCCUGGUGGAGACCCUUCACCUCCAGAGUCUCCAGAACCAAAAGCGGCCACACCACCUCAGCAACCAUUGAGAAAGAGACCAAAAAUCUGUUGUCCUCGUUAUGGUGAGAGGAGACAGACAGAAAGCGACUGGGGAAAGCGCUGUGUGGAUAAAUUUGACAUCAUUGGUAUUAUUGGUGAGGGGACUUAUGGGCAAGUGUACAAAGCCAAGGACAAAGACACAGGUGAAUUGGUGGCUCUUAAGAAAGUGCGACUAGACAAUGAAAAGGAGGGUUUCCCCAUCACAGCUAUCCGUGAAAUCAAGAUCCUCCGGCAGUUGAUUCACAGUAGUGUUGUCAACAUGAAGGAAAUUGUCACAGACAAGCAAGAUGCACUGGAUUUCAAAAAGGACAAAGGUGCCUUUUACCUUGUGUUUGAAUAUAUGGACCAUGACCUAAUGGGAUUGCUAGAAUCUGGACUGGUGCAUUUUUCAGAGGACCAUAUCAAAUCUUUCAUGAAGCAAUUGAUGGAGGGGCUGGAAUACUGUCACAAAAAAAAUUUUCUCCAUAGAGAUAUCAAAUGUUCCAACAUCUUAUUAAACAACAGUGGGCAGAUCAAGUUGGCAGACUUUGGGCUUGCUCGACUCUACAGUUCAGAAGAAAGCCGUCCAUAUACUAAUAAAGUCAUUACAUUAUGGUAUCGACCACCUGAAUUGCUGCUAGGUGAAGAGCGUUACACACCAGCGAUAGAUGUCUGGAGCUGUGGCUGCAUCCUUGGGGAAUUAUUUACAAAGAAGCCUAUAUUUCAAGCCAAUCUUGAGUUGUCCCAGCUUGAAUUAAUAAGCCGUCUUUGUGGAAGCCCCUGUCCAGCUGUAUGGCCAGAUGUCAUCAAAUUACCUUACUUCAACACCAUGAAACCGAAAAAGCAAUACCGAAGACGCCUGCGGGAGGAGUUUUCCUUCAUUCCUUCUGCUGCUCUUGACCUGCUGGACCACAUGCUGACCCUAGACCCCAGUAAACGAUGCACAGCAGAGCAAGCCUUGCAGAGUGACUUCCUGAAAGAUGUUGAUGUUAGCAAAAUGGACCCUCCAGACCUCCCUCACUGGCAAGAUUGCCAUGAACUGUGGAGCAAGAAACGACGGAGGCAGCGGCAGAGUGGAAUUGUGGUGGAAGAGCCUCCCUUGGCAAAGGUUUCUCGGAAGGAAACAGCCUCCAUAACGAGCACAGAUGCCAUCAAGAAUCACAGCAGCCCAAUACAGCCACAGCCUGCCCAAAUCAAAACACAAACUGGUACUGGAGACACAUUUGCAGGCCUUGGUGACAUCACACAGCAGCUGAAUCAAAGUGAGCUGGCUGUCCUGUUGAACUUGUUGCAGAGCCAGACAGACCUCAGUGUCCCACAAAUGGCCCAGCUGCUCAACAUCCAUUCAAACCCUGAGAUGCAGCAACAACUGGAGGCUCUCAACCAAUCCAUAAAUGCACUCAGUGAAGCCACCACAACCACCACCACCACCACCACCACGCAACAGCCACAAGAUUUUCAAAAUGUGCCCAAAGAGGAGACAGCUGUUGAGGAGCCGCCACCGCCACCAGCAGCCCAGACAUCUGAGGAGCAAGCCACGCCAGAAGCAGCCAGCACUCAGGGAGAUAUGCAGAACAUACUGGCCGUUUUGCUGAGCCAGCUCAUUAAAACCCAGGAACCUGCAACAAAUGUGGAGGAGAACAAUAGUGAGAAGAGCAGUGAGCUGCGUGGGGCACGGAAAACCCCCACUUUGCCUCAAGAGGAAACUUCAGCCUGUCCUCACAUUCUCCCACCAGAGAAGAGACCCCCUGAACCUCCCGGACCACCACCACCGCUGCCGCCACCACCACCCAAUAUGGCUGAGGAGAACAUCUCCAACACAGCUCAGGAGUUGAACCCAGCUGUGACAGCCGCCCUCCUCCACCUUUUAUCCCAGCAAGAGGCAGGGUCACUGAGCCACCCAAAGCAUGAACCCCAAGUUGUGAGGCCCUCCUUGGAUUACACCAGGUCACAAACCUCAUCCAGGACUUAUGGCACCGAGGGACCUGAAGGCUGCAGCUUUGAUGUUGAUGAACGGAAUUCAAGCCAGACUUUAACGGAGACAUCGCCCCAGGCCUUGGGGAAAAGUAGGACCUUUCUGGGCUCAACAAGUCACCUCGGGGAGUCAAGCAACUUCCAGGGCGCAGGAUCAGUUCAAUUCCCAGGGGACCAGGACCUCCGUUUCACCCGAGGCCCCUUGGGGAUGCAUUCUGCUGUUGAGCAAUCCUUCAUCAAAACCGAGGGAAGCAACAACACACUGGUACACUCAGAGGCCAAAAUUCACAACUACAGUGAGGUGGGAGUGGCAAAUGCUAGUUCUAGUGACACAGGAACAAGCCACACGUGGGGAAACACGGGCCAAUCCACUGCUUAUGGAAAAGCCUUUCGUGGGCAGAGUAGAGUACCUCCAAGAGGAGGAAGAGGAAGAGGGGUACCCUACUAAAAUGACUGGAGAGAGGGGAAUUGGUACUUUGUGGUGGUUUUUGCCUUCCUGUUUCCUUCUUGACCUUAGAGCAGCCAGUUUUCAGGGCAAACCACUGCCCAUGUCCAACCAUCACAAAAAUGGUUUAUUGUUGCUGUUUUCCCUCUUUCUGCUCACCAGACUGCUGCUGUCUCCCUCCCCCCGCAGUGGCUCUAGAAUGAAGACCCUUAGCCUUCUCUUGACAGCUAUCCAUACCCAAAGAUAUGCUGAUUUGGGUUUGAUAUGGCAAGUUUUCCUACACAGACAUGGAGGGGAGGGGGAGAAGGAAAGAAUCUUUAAACAUAAUAAAUUGGAAAUAUAAAUUGAAUGUGUUUGCAAGCCUUGAGCCAUUAUUUCUGAGAGUGAGCCCACGGAAGAUCUGGAAGAAGUGAAUCAGUGCCCUGGUCUGUACAUGCAGGAAAAUGAGGAGGUAUAAUACUUCAGAGGGCAAAUGAGGAGAUCACUCAUUUGGAAUGUGUGCGCACACAUAUCCUGCAAGUAGAAAAUACAGUAUGUCCGGAGAGAGAUUCAAGGCCAACACUCUCCCCAGUGUGCUAGUUUUCUCCUUGGAGGCAAGCUUUUACCCCUCUUUAUAAAGAGGUAGCAAUCAAAAUGGGCAGCUGAGUUACCUGCAGUCUGGAGCAGAGAAGCUACUCUACCAUCUCAUUCUGCUGCAUGUGUAGAUCCAACCUCAGUAUUGCGAAAGCAUUAAUGUUUUGUUUUUCUUUGCCUCCUUGAAUUUCAAGAUUUGUCAGAUGGUGCCUACAUGCCUUUUAUACUGAAUUAAGAGAACUUGGUUUGUGUUAAAUAAGAUUUGGAGUAUUUUCCCCCUUCCCCUCCAUAGCCACUAUUUUCUUCACAUGGAAAGAUAGGAUACUACAUUCUUCCAUGGGCCAACUGUCCUGUUUUACUGUGAAAGGCCAUGCGCUGUCAUACUCACCUUCCAAAAACCUUAGAUGAACUGAGUUUCUGUAGUGUCCAUCAGUCUGUUGGCUUUUGGAUGGGUUUAGUUUUUUUUAUUUUCUCUCUCAAGAAUGGCGAGUGUCUCUUUUUUGUUGAAGUUCUUGAGGCCAAAGUUAAUGGCGAAAAUAAAAUAAAAACCAAAAACUUUGUAAUCCUUAAAUUCUUGGGGGUAGAGGGUGUUUAUGAUUGACGCUGGGGAAACCCAAAUAAGUUAGAUUGUUUAACAUUUCCAAAGGUUAACAAGUGAUACUGUCUGUUGUGUGAUUUCACUACUUUCAGUGUUAAAGAUACUUUUUCAGCAUUCCUUGCUGAUUCUGCAAUGAGGACCUUUUCACUUAUUUUUGAAUUGUAUUAGCAGCUCACCCACACUGAUUAAUUUAUAUAAUUUUAUUUUUGUAAAAAGUAGAUUUUUUACUAAGAGUAAGCCUGCUGGAGGCUGUAAUUUGAACAGAGAUGACAGAAUACAGAAACUCAGAAGGGUGACUAUAAUUUCUCAGUAAAACAUCAUUACCACUUGCUUCUUUUAAAGUUGCUGUGUUUAAAGGGAGUAACAUAUCAGAAAUUAGGGGGCAGAGGAAGUUCUAGUUCUGGCUUGAGGUCAUUAAACAUUUCUUGUUAUUCUUACUGCUUUCAUAUUUAUACAGAAGAAAAGCAACCUAGCUGGCAGCACGCUGUUGCUGAAGGCAGAAAAUGGGCUAUGCCUUAAAAGUUCAAGGCUUAAACACAUUAGCAGGAAGCAGUUGAAGGAGGAGUUGUGUGGAGGUGGGGGUACUAUUAGAUAUAACAUGUACCACCUUGUAUUUUUAAAAGGUAUACACAACUUCUAUUAAAAAAACAAGCCACUUCUAUUCUGCAAAGUGUAGCAAGUUUGCAAAAUUCCAAGUGUAAAUUUUGUGUGUUGUUUUCUAAAUUGAUUCAUCAGUUCAUGCAUAAUAUGCAAAAAAUACUGUACAUGCAGAGUAUGGUAAAUAAAAGGAGAGAUUUUUCUAGGCAUUUACUUAAACAUUUCUUCUCCUCCCCCUGCCCCUUCUUCAUUCUGCAGUCUUCUCAGCAUCUUGGUUCUUGGCAUUUUUAAGCUAUCAUGGUGUUGUGCUUGAACAUACUUACUUUCCUCCACCCUCUCCAUCUCCCUUUCUCUAAAGAAACAGAAUUAUUCUCAUUCAGCCAUGUGGCCAUUAAUUUUCUCUCUGCUGCUGUCAUAAACCUGCUCACCUGAAGAAAUCUGACCACCCCUCUUUAUGCAGGGUCUUGCAGAUUCUGACUAAAAUCUCCUCCUCUUCCACAGUUUUUUCUACUGUCACUAGUCCCUAUAGAAUAUUUUUCCUCCAAGGGAGGGCUUUCUUUUGGGGAACUUGCUUUAGGAGGAUGCACUGAAGCAUGAAGGUCUAUUUCCUUCAUCUCUGUUGUGGCAUCUUUCCAACUUUUUCCCACCUAUAUGCACUCUUGUGCAAACCAGGUUUAUGGAAAAUAUAUUACACUUACUAGAAUUUAACCAAAAAAAGAUAACCUCUUGAAAAAAAGGAAUCAAGGGUAGAGGGAGACUGUUCCUAACCCUUACCUUGGCUUCAGCAUUCCCUGUAGCUGCAUUACCAGUUUUCAUACAUGGUUGCUUUUUAUUUUUUUUAUUUUUAAGAACCAUGUUGGUAGUUCUGAGUGGUGCUGCUCAAUAUUAAGCAACUAAAAAUAUUGAACAACUUCACCUUUCACACAUUACUCCAGAGCCACAAUUUCUGCAUCUCAUCUGCUCUUUUACUAGAAGAUACUAGUUCACUUUCAACUGCUAUACAACCUUUUAAGGUACUGCUGUGCCCAUGGUUAGAGUCUUGAUAGUCAAAUGAGGCAAGAAGGGUCCUGAAAGGAACCAAAGGAGUGUAGAAGAGAUGACAACCGUGUUUUUAUCCAAUCAACUACUGGAGGGAGUUAGAAACUUUACAAUCCACAUGUUAUUGGACUGCCAGUUCCCAUCAACCCCAUAUAGCAUGGCCAAUUAUCAGGUUUUAGAAGUUGUAGUCCAGUAACAUCUGGAGGUCUGCCAUUUCCCUAGUCUGGGUCUAACCAGAUGAAAAAAUGAAUACAUAAAUUAUCUUGUGCCAAAGAAAGACAAAUGGCAGAUAGGUUGAGUAGCACAAUUUUUUUGUUUCAGAUCUUCAGAAGCAUGAAGUGAUGACUUGCAUGUAUAAAAUAUUAUUUUAAGCAGCACAAAUAAGACUUGAAUUAUUUGAA